AUGUGGUACGUUACAUCUGUGAUUGCUCUGUUAAUUCCAUUAUGUGCUGCUCAGGAGUCAACGUGCAAUUACGUUGGACUGGUGAAGUGUUUUAUCAACAUACUCGAUGAAUGGGCUUGGACUCUGUACGAGCUAAAGGACAACGUUGUCACAAUUACUUCCGAACAAUGCGUACAUCUUAAGGAAUUGGACAAGUGUAUAAAGGACGAUCUCGAAGAACAACAUCAAUGUUCACAUCGAGAAGUAAUCGAAGUGUCGAAUACAGUUUCCGAUUUAUUAACACAUCGCAAAGACUCAGGAUCUUUUCUAAAGAGCUACUAUCUUCUCACAUAUGCAUGCUCAGCUGAAGGUCAAGAAAUUCUCACAAAGCAUAGAGAUUGCCUCAAAUCAGAGAAGAUUGGUGAGAUGACACUGUCAGCGGGAACGUACCUUAGUGAGAAGUUCCUCGAACACGAUGAUGAUGAAGAAGCAUGUACAAAUUUGAAUCUGAAGCUACAGGAGUAUAUACGAGCUAUGAGCAAUUUAUGCAGUAAACAUGAAGCGGCACAACUUAUGUGCAGAUCUUUAACAAAUAUGUUCAAGGGGCUGCAUGUCGAUAAACUCGAGAAGUGUGUUUUGGAUUGUAAGAUCCCCGAAGAAGAAGUGGAAGAAGCAAACAAACUCGAAUUGCCUGGUGAAGUCGAACCCGUGCAACCGGCACCAGAUGCUCUUGGACCAGUAGAGGAUUCAGCAUCAGCAUUUGGUUUACUCAUUCCAUUCUUAGCCAUUCUCGUGCGAUAA